AUGCAAACACAACACAGAUAUCUAUCUACGUCGUCUUUUCAUAUUCUUCUUUUUCUAUCUAUCUAUCUAUCUCUUACCAAAUCUAUUUCUUUUCCUAUCUAUCAAUUUCUUUCUUUAUCUAUCUGUCUAUCUAUCUAUUUCUUUAUUUCCCUAUCUAUUUAUGCAUCUAUUUCUUUCUUUCCCUGUCUAUUUUUUCUUCCCCUAUCUAUCUAUCUAUCUAUCUAUCUAUCUAUUUCUUUCCCUAUGCAUCUAUUUCUUUCUUUCCCUAUCUUUUUUCUUCCCCUAUCUAUCUAUCUAUCUAUCUCUUUCCCUCUCUAUUUAUGCAUCUAUUUCUUUCUUUCCCUGUCUAUUUUUUCUUCCCCUAUCUAUCUAUCUAUCUAUUUCUUUCCCUCUCUAUUUAUGCAUCUAUUUCUUUCUUUCCCUGUCUAUUUUUUCUUCCCCUAUCUAUCUAUCUAUCUCUUUCCCUCUCUAUUUAUGCAUCUAUUUUUUCUUCCCCUAUCUAUCUCUUUCCCUCUCUAUUUAUGCAUCUAUUUUUUCUUCCCCUAUCUAUCUAUCUAUCUCUUUCCCUCUCUAUUUAUGCAUCUAUUUCUUUCUUUCCCUGUCUAUUUUUUCUUCCCCUAUCUAUCUAUCUAUCUAUCUAUUUCUUUCCCUAUUCAUCUAUUUCUUUCUUUCCCUGUCUUUUUUCUUCCCCUAUCUAUCUAUCUAUCUCUUUCCCUCUCUAUUUAUGCAUCUAUUUCUUUUCUUUCCCUGUCUAUUUUUUCUUCCCCUAUCUAUCUAUCUAUCUAUCUAUUUCUUUCCCUAUUCAUCUAUUUCUUUCUUUCCCUGUCUUUUUUCUUCCCCUAUCUAUCUAUCUAUCUCUUUCCCUCUCUAUUUAUGCAUCUAUUUCUUUCUUUCCCUGUCUAUUUUUUCUUCCCCUAUCUAUCUAUCUAUCUAUCUAUCUAUCUAUCUAUCUAUCUAUCUCUUUCCCUAUCUAUUUAUGCAUCUAUUUCUUUCUUUCUCUGUCUUUUUUCUUCCCCUAUAUAUCUAUCUAUCUAUCUAUCUAUCUCUUUCCCUCUCUAUUUAUGCAUCUAUUUCUUUCUUUCCCUGUCUAUUUUUUCUUCCCCUAUCUAUCUAUCUAUCUAUCUAUCUCUUUCCCUAUCUAUUUAUGCAUCUAUUUCUUUCUUUCCCUGUCUUUUUUCUUCCCCUAUCUAUCUAUCUAUCUAUCUAUCUAAUUCUUUACCUAUUUAUUUUUAUAUCACAUACUUUUUCCAUCUAUUUUUUCCUAUCUGUACACGAACCGCUGUAGAAAUAAGAUACAAAAAUAUCCAUAUUCAAAGCCCCGUUAAGUGGCCCGCGAGAAUGAAACUCACAGCCUGCUGUUUGUUCAUAUCUAUCUAUCUAUCUAUCUAUUCAUAUCUAUCUAACCCAGUUUGUUCAUCUAUCUAUCUAUCUAUCUCGCUAGCUAUUCAUAUCUAUGUAACCCAGUUUGUUCAUCUAUCUAUCUAUCUAUCUAUUUCGCUAGCUAUUCAUAUCUAUGUAACCCAGUUUGUUCAUCUAUCUAUCUAUCUAACUAACCCAGUCUGUUCAUAUCUAUCUAUAAAUCUAUGUAACCCAGUCCUGUUCAUAUCUAUCUAUCUAUCUAUCUAUCUAACCCAGCCUCCUGUUCAUAUCUAUCUAUCUAACCCAGCCUGUUCAUAUCUAUCUAUCUAUCUAACCCAGCCUGUUCAUAUCUAUCUAUCUAACCCAGCCUGUUCAUAUCUAUCUAUCUAUCUAUCUAUCCAUCCAACCCAGUCUGUUCAUCUAUCUAUCUCUUCUUAUGUGACCGUCACUGAUAUUAGUUUGUUUCUUACCCUAAGUAAGGAAAAAAUUGCCACUUUUCCGUAUUUUUUCUAUUUGUUUGUGUCAGCGAGUGUGUGUCUCCAAUGUACACAUUUCCCCAUGUGUGGGCGUAUCCAUUCACGGGCUCUCUCACGCGUGUGA